AUGUCAAGUGUACAAGAACAAGAGUUACAAGACCAUUAUAAUGAUGUUAUGAGUAGUGAUGGUGAGGAUGAUGAUGUUGAGAUGCUAGAUUCUGUGAAUGAGGAUCCAACUGUUGGUUGUGCACCUGCAUGUCCUGCACCAGUUUCACGUGGAAAGAAAAAUAAACUUAGAUCCCAAGUUUGGGAAUUUUUUAAACUUGUUAAAUAUAAAGAUGGAACAAAGAAGGGAGUGUGCAAGUCUUGUAAUGUAGGAUAUAAAUAUGAAAGCCAAAAAGGUAAAACCUCAGCCAUGAAAAGGCAUAAGUGCCCUAACCGUCAGUCUAUGGACGUAGGGAAGAGGAUAUUAUCUGCAAACAAUGGCCAGUUGUCUACCCGCGUACGCAAAGUUGAUCAGAUGAAAUUACGAGAUCUGUUUUCAGCAUUACUCAUUGCAAGAAAUGUUCCAUUUGCUUUGGUGGAGUGGAAAGAAUUUAGGGAUAUAUGUAGGAUAUGUCUAACAUCAGACAUGUGGACUUCUGUAACAACUACUGGAUAUAUAAGCUUAACUGUGCACUAUCUUGAUCAAGAUUGGGUGUUGCAAAAGAAGCUUCUGAAUUUCCGUGCUCUUCCACCACCUCAUACAGCUCUUAUUGUAAAAGAAGGACUUAAGAAGAUUGAUCCAGCCGUGCUUAAGAUAAGAGCGUCAGUGAAGUCCCUUAAAAAGUCCCAAGUAAGAAAACAAAAGUUCUUGGACAUUGUUGAUACUUUAGGAAUGUCUGGAAUAAAAAGGGGUAUUCGUCAAGACGUAAAGACAAGGUGGAAUUCAACUUAUCUUAUGUUAGAUAGUUGUAUCCUGUAUAAGCCAGUUUUCUCUCAUUUGAAGUUGGUAGAUUCAGACUAUGAAGACUGUCCAACUGAUGAAGAAUGGGAACAAAUUGAAGUAGUCACAAAGUUUCUCAAGGUGUUUCAUGAUCUCACAAAGAUAUUUUCUGGUAGUAAGCAUCCUACUUCCAAUCUGUAUUUUGAAAGAAUUUGUCAGGUUCAGGUGUUACUAAAGAAAGAAAGUAGAAAUGAUAUUGAAUUCAUUAGGAACAUGUUGUAUCCUGAGGUGAGAGAAUUAGAACGUGAAGUUAAUAAAGUGCGUAGUAAUAUGACAGCACUUUUUAAUGAGUAUUACACCUUGUUAAGUUCAAGAGCUUUCAAUAGUUGUGCAACUCAGAAUUUGGGUAUUCAAAAUGGUGGGAAUUCUGCUGCCGAAGAAGGGAGUGAUUUUUUUCAGGAAUAUGUUGCAACACAGGAACGUGGUGGUGAUGUACUUAUUGACUUGUCAGAGUUAGAUGAAUAUCUUGGCGAGUCGUACAGGGGUUGUCUAAAUUCACCACUCGACAUCCUAAACUAUUGGAAGAACCAUGAACAACGAUUUUCGGAAAAGAAGAUAUGGAUGAGAACAAUGGGAUUAUUGAAGAAGAUGUAUUAG